AUGGCGAAACUACGAGAUCAGGAUAUCGUAUCAAACAUCAUCAUUAGGUUGCCUGUGAAAUCGAUCUUACGGUUCAGGUGUGUCUCCAAAGCCUGGUGCAAGUUAUUGAAAGACCCUGAUUUUGUGAAAAAGCACCUGAGUCACGUAAUUGAAAUGAACAAAUUCAGUGUAAUGAUGCACCCAUGUUAUGAUCUUCAUGAAAAAGCCCAUACUUUAGCUUAUGAUCCAUCUUCAUCUACAUUGAGUAGCCCUGCUAGUGUAAGUUAUCCUUUGGCAAGAACAUUUUGGGGAACUUGUAAUGGCUUGAUUUGUUUAUCCACCACUAAUGAGAAGGAUGUUGUCCUUUGGAAUCCAAUUACCAAGGAGUUUAAGGAAGUACCAACUGUACCAAUAGAGUCGGCAGAUGAAUUUAGUAACUAUAAAGAUGGAUUUGGUUACGGUGAUGAGAUUGAUGAUUUUAAGAUUGUAAGUUUUGUGGGGUUUGAAGAUGUUUAUUUUUCUGAAGUUCGGGUAUAUACACUUAAAUCUAAUUCAUGGAGAAGGCUUGAGAACAUACCUUAUUUGCUUUGCCACGGAGAAAUGGACAUGUCUCAAGUAAGUGUUCAUGGAGCUAUGCAUUGGUUAGCAUUCUCUGACACUGAGCCCGACAAAGUGAUAGUCUCUUUUGAUUUCAAGGAUGACAGAUUCGAUGAGAUGCCCCUACCCAGCUUUUUCCAUGAUGAAUACACUGAUGUGUCCAUUGGGAGAAUCCCUUUGCUUACAUGGUUGUAUUUACGGUCGCAUUGA